CCUCCCGGCUUCAGGGAUUCCCAUGGUUUUGCCAGGACCAAGCACUUGAUGGGAGGGCCAGGAGCUGAACAAUACACAAUUUAUAUUUAAAGGCUGAGAAACCACCACCAAAAAUACAACAUAAUUUUCUUUCAGUGAGUUAUGUACCAACAGAGAUCAGUGGGAGAGAAUGUAGGGAGAAUAUUUUCCGCUCAGUGUUGGGGGGUUGGGGUCUGUUACUCAUUUCCUGAAAACGGAAUGCUCCAGUCACAUCCAGCCGACGGCGAAUUAGUCCGAGACUCUGCGAUGGACGGUGCCGGUGGAUACAGAAAGGAAGCCCUGUAUGAACUAUCACCAUCUCGGUGCUGCCUGAGCUGAAUGUGUUCAGCAGCGCAGGGACAGCAAAACUGAAAGGGGUUUGAAUCAGGAAGUGCUGAGGUUGAACAUGGCUUUCAGACAGCAGGUCCUGAGUUUGACCGAGGAGGUAAUCUGUCCCAUUUGUCUGGAUUUCUUCACCGAUCCGGUUAUACUGGAGUGUGGACACAACUUCUGCCGCUCCUGUAUCACCCAGAGUUGGGAAAAGCAGGAGAUAAACUCCUGCCCGGAAUGUAGACAGGAGUUUCCGGACAGAUCCCUCACAGAAAACCGCGCCUUAGCGAAUCUGAUCGAGAAAGCUCGAACAUUAAAUCUGAAUCCACAAGAGAAGGAAAGUAAACAUCACUGUGAGGAACAUCAGGAAGAACUGAAGCUGUUUUGUGAAACUGACAAGAAAUUGAUCUGUGUGAUUUGUAGAGAUUCCCGGGAACACAGGGAGCACCGCUUCAUCCCGGUUAAAGAAGCUGUUGGAUUCUACAAGGAGCGGGUGAAAUCUUCCUUGGAUUCUCUCACAGAGAAAAUAUCAGCAGCUCUAGAAAUGGAGCGGGAGCAGAAACAGAAGAUUUCCCAAAUUCAGGAGGAAUCCAGCAGCCUGCAGACUCACAUCAAAUCUGAGUUCACUAAAAUGCACCAGAUGCUGACUGAGAAAGAGCAGAGUUUACUCCGAGAUCUCAGGGAACAAGAGGAAAACAUUCUCAAAGCAAUGGAGCAAAACCUUUGUGAAAUUCAAAAGAAUUUAAAUUCUCUUCAGCAGAAACUCUCAAACUUGGAAAAACCAUUGGAACAAACAGACGGAGUGAUAUUUCUGAAGGAGGAAGCAUCUCGGAAGAGAAGGAUCAGUGACGACGAUUGUGUACCCUCACUAACAGAUGGUACCAUCUCCACUGAAACAGUCUGCAGCCUCUUCCCUUUUCUUGUAUGGAAAGAAAUGCAGGAAGCCACUCACCCUGGUAAAGCUCAGAUAAGUUCCUCUUUUGGCCUGAUUUAUAUUGUAUAACUUGUAUUUUUGUUCAUGCAAAUAUCAAAGUCUGUAAUGAGCAAAACUGUAGUUAAUAGGAAUCAGUGGAAAUCUCUCUACUUUUUUGAGUCAUACUGAACACAAGGGAAGAUGGUUGUGAUUGUUCAAGAUCAACCAUCUCAGCUCCCGGACAUUUCUGUUGGAGGUUGUCAGAGUAAUGGCUCGGCCUAAGCAUCUUCAGCUGCUUCAUGAAUGGAUUUCUCUCCGUCAUAAGGUCA